AUGGUCGAUCAACAAUGGUAUUUUACCAAGGACGAGCUGUUGGAUACCCCAAGCAUCCAUGCCGGAUAUACCUACCAAGCAGAACAGAUUGAUCGUACCAAAGGCUGUCUCUACAUACUUGCUGUUGCAGCCAAGCUCAACUUACCACAGUUGGUUAUUGCCACAGCUUGUACGUUCUUCCACCGAUUCUACAUGCGGCACUCUAUGAAAAGUUUUCCUGUUUAUGAUAUUGCAGCCACUUGUCUCCUUGUCGCCACCAAAGUUGAAGAAUGCACGCGUCGCUUAAAAGAUUUUCUCAACGUAUGCGCUCAAAAGGCCCAAAAGAACGACAGUGUGCAAUUUGAGGAGAAUUCAAAGGAUUUCUGGAAAUGGAAGAAUACAGUGCUGGCCAAUGAAACUGUACUUUUGGAGGCAAUCUGCUUUGACUUUUCCAUUGACCAUCCACAAGCAGCUUUAUUGGAAUUGGCUUCGGAACUUGAUGUGCCCGAGGAAUGUGUACGAAGGGCUUGGAUGUUGCUAUAUCAAGCGCUUGGGAUGCCGCUAUGUCUUAUUUAUCACCCACGAGUCGUUGCUACAGCCGCGCUUUUGCUUGCAUGGCAUUUCUCGUAUGAAAACCAACCCCCAACAGAUUGGUGGGCAACAACUGGUCUCGAUCCUGCAGAGAUCAAUGAGUUGGCUGCAGACAUGCUGGACUACUUUCAAGAGCAUUACCAUAUUCGAAAGCCCUCGUCUACACCUACCCCAACUACUAAAUCACCCUAUUACGCUAACUCUCCGCACUAUACUUCGUCAUCACAAUCACCCUCGCCAUACUCCAAUCCAUCAUCAAGCCAACAUCGCCGUUAG